UUUGUUUUGGUUCUGUUAAUGUACAGAAGAAUUGGUGUUGUUAUUGACUACAUAAAAAUUUACUGUAAAUGUCAGUUUCGUGAGUUCUCGUCACUGUUUGUGAAACGGCAGUAAGUCUUUUUUAUGGCCGUUGUUUGUCUUUAGUGUCUGUAUGAGACUCAGGUGGUGUGUCUGGAAAACAUGCUGGUCUGAGCCUACGUGAAUUCAGGGUUUGAUUGAAGAUGAUUGCUUGCGUUGUCAUUUUGGACCACUGGUAUCAGCAAGACUUUGAAUCUCGCAAAUAGGUCCAAAAAAGACAGUUGAGUUUUUGCUUUUAUAUUAAUGCCAAACCAAUACAGUGAAAGACAGAACAUUCUUUCUCCAUUAGGUCAGUGAUGGUCCGUGCUGGUUAGAUCCUGCUUCUUAAGAUGUCAGCUUCAGAUUCGGACUAUUCCAUUGACUGGCUGGCCAGUGACGAUGAGGACAACGAUAGUGAGUUAGAACCAGACUGUACCAAAGCGCAAGGACAAACCAACUUGCCAAAAUCCCCCUCCUCGGGGGUCAUCCAGGGGACCCAGACUUGCCAGUCACUCUCAAAGAGGAAUGGAGAUAAAGGGGAGGUAAUGGACAAAGAGAACAUGAGCUCUUGGGGAAGUUCUCCUUCCAGCUGCGAUAGUUCCGACUACAGCGAAGACGGUGGCCAUUGUCACCUGGGACAAGAGGCUCGGACCAAUUACAGCCGGUGCCCUGAGAGCCCUGUAGGCAAAAAGAGGCAGGCACUGAAGAGAACAUGCAGCUCCAUGGUCCUGGAGCAAAGGGAGAGGCAGCUCACACCUGAACAAAUGGAGAAAGACAGGCUGUUCGCUUGCAAGUGCUUGGAGCUGCAGUGUUACAUUCAACCACUGUCCUCGAUCCUUAAUGGCCUCCGCUCAGGCAGAUACCGAGAACGCCUCAGCACUUUUCAAGAGAGUGUGGCCAUGGACCGCAUCCAGAGGAUAAUGGGGGUCCUGCAGAAUCCCUGCAUGGGAGAGAGGUAUGUCAACAUCAUCCUGAAAAUGGAGGAAAUGUUGAAGAACUGGUUCCCUCACAUAAAACCUCAACGAAGCGACCAAGCCAACACUGCAGCGCUGAUGGAGGAGACGACCCUGUCUAAGAAACCCAAAUUGUCUCCAGCUACAUCUCCCCUGCUCACUGGCAUUGCAAAUCCUGCCACCACAAGUGCCCUUUCCAUGGGUAACAAGGCAAUGAGAGUCAGCGACCUCACUCCCCCAGGGCCCUACUCUGCAACCAACCUAAAAUGGCUCCACACAUCACCUAUCUGCUCCCUGAUGGUCGAACAAGCUCAGGGGACAGUUCGGAACUUUCUAACAUCCCACAGGGACAGGGAAGCGACACAGGACAACUCCGUGUCCUCCAGCACGGACCGUCUAUGUAAGACAGAGUCUGCUCCCAGUCGACCACCUCCGGCCAAGAUUAACGCGCCAUGCCUAGAGAGACUUCUUAAAUCCACAGAGAGUAUCAUCACCCAGAAAGCCCCAGUGGGCUUGGGUGGCAUGGCAGCUGGUGGAUGGUCCUAGUCCUUCGAAAAGGCUCUGGGAGAUCAGAGCCUAGCUAGAAAGUGACUGCCCUCAGCUGGUCUGGAGUCACCCGACUCCAGCGCAAUCUCUGCUUCCAUUCUAGCCUUGCGGAGAGGCACAGAACGCAGCAGAGGGAGUUCAGCGCAGUUCAGCAAAACAGUGACACGUUCAGUUACGAACUGAAAAGUGUCGGAGUGUGAUCUUUGUGCGUGUCUGAUGUGUACGUCUGCAUCUAUUCCCUUUCUGUUGAACUGCAGAGUGAGCUGUAGCAGUGCAUGUGCGAGUAUGACGUGUGUGU